UCCUCCAGAGCUUCAGUUUUACACCAGCGCGUUUGCGGUCAUCAUGCUCAUACCGGCCUGGAUCUUCCUGAUGGACUUUCCGGGCAUCGGGAAGAGUGAACGCUCCUUCAAACUGUCUCAGGACAUCGUGGUGCUGCUGCUGCUGGACGGGGCUCUGUUCCACUUACAGAGCGUCACCGCAUACGCCCUCAUGGGCCGCAUCUCACCCGUCACAUUCAGCGUGGCGAGCACAGUGAAGCAUGCGCUGUCCAUCUGGCUGAGCAUCAUUGUGUUCAGUAACCCCAUCACGGUGGUGUCCGCCAUCGGGACGCUCAUGGUGUUUGUGGGAGUUCUGCUUUACAACAAGGCCAAACAGUUCCAGAGAGACGCUCUGAUCCAGCACGCUCUCGACCAAUCAACAGAGGCCGAGCAGAAACCCAUGAUCCAGAACGGUGACGUCACGUCCACCAAACUAACCUAACGCACGGGCUCCACACAGACACUGGCUCUGCUCGUAAAGCUGCACACUAUAAAGGCUCGUGAGUUUUUAUAUCAGGUUUCACAGAGGGGUCAUGCCUUAUCAAAAACUGUCACAGUAACUGUGGUUUCGGGACCUAAUCAUUGCUAAAAGUCUAAUAAUGACUUGUGCUGGAUUCGAAGGAAACUCCUGGACAAGCAUUGAAAGAUCAUGUGGUGUUUCACCGUCUGAGGGCUUAAUCUUGAAGUGUAGUUUGAGUGAAUGACGGCCUCCUACCAGCAAAUAUUCACCUCAUAUUUGACCACUAAAUCAACAGGAAUGUUUUCAAUAGUGCCGAUUAAUCGCAUACGAGAUAUAAGUUUGUUUAUAUGUGCGUGUGUGUUUAUAUAAGUGCAUAAAUGUAUAUACUUUCACAAAUAUUUGCAUAUUUAUAUAGUCAUAUUUAUAGAUAAUGUUGUAUAUCUCCUCUAUACAUUUAUUAUAGAUGGAUGUGAAAUAUAAAUAUACAUAAUAAAUGCACUGAACACAAUUAUGUGUAAACAAACUUUUAUUUUGUAGGCUCUUGGUCACUAUUGCGCACUAGUUUUCUUUUAUUGCGUUAGGACAGUGAUGUUUGUUUGUUUGCGUCGCACUGUGAAUAAAAAAUAAAGUUUCGCAGUGCAAAAAAUAAAACAUUAAUUUCUACCGUGAUAAAUGACACUUAUGGAUUUAUUGAUUUAAAAAAUGAUGUUUGAAAUUUUUUUUUAAGCUAAAUUAAUUGUUUGAUUUUGAGGUGAAUGAGGGUGUUGGACGUUCCUCGAGCUGAUAUUUUGCACAGGAAUCAUUACGGAGAAUGGAAAUGUCUCACAUUCUAUCGUUUGUGUGAAAUUAAUUCUUAUUUUAUAUGUUUUUCGGUGCAUUCCAAAUGCAAUGAUUGUAGCAAACCACAAUCUGCGUCCAUUUUGUAUGUUUCCUAAUAAUGAUUUGCUGUAAUGUUAAAAAAAUUGAGCUAAUAUUUGCCUUAUUUUGGGGUUUAAUGUCUGGAAUAUUGUCCUGUGGUUUAGAUUUGGAACAUCAGAGGUAAUUCUGUCUUUGUGUGUUUUCCCUGUGUGUUUUCAUUAUUGGGGUUUCUGUUUGUUUUCAGUGUUUAGUUUGAGGUUGACUGGAACAGUACAAAACUUGAUGAAAGCUGCAGUUCAGAUUCUCUUCUCGUCUGUGUUUGUGAGACUCACCUGUUUGUUUUGGUCGUUUACUGUAACCACUAAUGGGAAUUCUGUAUAAUUUGAUCUGUGGAUUAAAAGCAUUCAAAUAAAAAUGUGUGUUCGUUUGUCA